CGGAAUCUCUAUGGUUGAGCCCUCGGCAUCAAGCUGCAUCCGCUUCCGGUUACUGGAAGUUUCUGUUUCCGGAUGAAGUUACCUGUGAAGAAGAAGGAAGGAAGGAAGGAAGGAGAAGCAGCGGGGUUUGCUUGUUUCUUUGUUUUCCCUCCGGAGUUUCUGUGCCAGCUACCAGGAGGGGCUUGUUGCCUUCGCGGGAGGCCGCGGCUUCCUCCUCCUUCAGGCCUUCGGUGAAAGUUUGAGAUCUAGAUGACUAACAACGGUUUUCUGUCGUUCCCAUGAGCCAUGGCCUACCAGCUAUAUAGAAACACCACCUUGGGAAACAGUCUUCAGGAGAGCCUAGAUGAGCUCAUACAGUCUCAGCAGAUCACCCCCCAGCUUGCCCUCCAAGUGCUACUUCAGUUUGACAAAGCUAUCAAUUCCUCAUUGGCACAGCGGGUGAAAAACAGAGUCAGUUUCAGGGGCUCUCUGAACACAUACAGAUUUUGCGACAACGUUUGGACUUUUGUACUGAAUGACGUUGAAUUCAGAGAGGUCACCGAGCUUGUGAAAGUGGAUAAAGUGAAAAUAGUAGCCUGUGAUGGGAAAAAUACUGGUUCCAAUGCUGCAGAGUGAAGCGGAAGGUGGGCCUCUAUGCCAGCAAAGUCGAUGAGGGGCUGCACUUCCAGGAGAGGAGCAUGGCCAGAGUGUGUGGAUAACUGUUUUAAUGAUGCAGACAUGAGUAAUCCAUGCUGGCAUGCCUUGUGGAACUGUCUUGGUGGGAUCUAUAUAGAGCACCUUUAGUGCUCGCCUUCUAAGACAUGAAGACAAAGAGUCUUGCCUUUUUUUAAAAAAGAGAAACAAAAAAUAAGGAUGAAACAAAUAUUGUUGCUUUUUGGUUCAUCCAGGUAACUUCUCCAAUAAACCUUUUAUUUAAAACUUU